GAGGUUGAGCUGUUUCCCUCUAAAAGUGCUGUGAAAUUCCCGCUGACUAUGACUUCCCAACACUACCUGCCAAAAACGAAAACAAUAAGUUUAUUUUGGUUGAGAAGCUGCACUUUUCACCGGUUUUUAAAUGUGCGGCCCUUGACCUGAUUUGCUGGGCACCAAACGUCCCGAUGGACUUUGUUGCUAAGUCGCUACCGGACAUCGCCAGUUCAAAUGGCCAGCAGAUGCCCCAUCCGACAUUCCUGAGGCGCCACGCCCCGGUAAAGGGCGAGACGACGGAAGAGGAGUACAUUCUGGAGGAGGCUUUCAUACGAGUGGCGGCCGAAAACGAGGCGCUGGUCAAAAAACUUAAGAGGCGGAGAAGUGAAGAGUCGGCGCCUGGAUUCGAGGACAGCACUUUCCGAGUGAAAAACGAGCCCAUUGAUGAAGAGUACCCGGCGUAUAACGACUUAGAGCUAGAGCCGCCCGCCAGUCCAAGCGAGAGCAUCCACUUCGAUAGCAUUACUAAGGAAGAGGUCCUAGAUUUCACGGUUGAGAGCGAAGAACACUGCGAUUAUGAGGCGUCUGAGGGUGAAGGAAGUUUGCUGGAAAGAAAAAGUUUAAGUGGAAGUAGCUACCACGAUAACGAAGAGUAUGGCAACGAAGAGGAUGGUAGCGAAGAGAAGGACGUCGACGAGGAAGACGACGAAGUGGAAUCUCUAAAUAGUUCUAAGCACUCCAACGAAGGGCCGCAUUCUUACAGGUGCCCCCUGUGUCCCAAGAGCUUUAAGUUAUCCAAGAACCUUAAGAAGCAUUGCCUAACCACCCACCCGCCUAACACCGGAAAGCGCUCCUACCAGUGCAAGCACUGCCUAAGGGUCUACGCGCAAAGAGCUGGCUACAAAAAGCACCUGAUCACCCAUCACAAUGAUAAGGAUUCGGAACUAGAGUCGGAAGUAGACACUGAUGAUGAAAAGAUUUACAAAUGCGCCCGUUGCCCAAAGAGUUUCAAAUAUUUGUCGAACCUUCGGAAACACGCCCGAAUGCACACCAGCGGGCUUCCCUUCAAGUGCGAACGCUGUAAUAUGUGCUUCUCCCAGAAAGCACGUUACGAGAAACACUUGCGUGUUCCCCACGAAGCGGACGGAACACCCAUGGAUCGCCCAUUCAAGUGCCUAAAGUGUGCGAAGUGGUUUAGAACAGAAACAGACUUGGAUCGUCACGAUCGGAGCCAUGAGACUAAAAAGAAGCCAAAGGAUAUUUUAGAGAAUCCCUUAGAGGAUGAUGAGGGGGAUGAUUCGGAGUUGUCGGACCAGGAAGACGGUUUGUUUUUUAAGGAAGAGCAGGAAGAUAGUACAUACAAAUACAAUCUUGCUCGCACCGUCCGGAGACAUGACCCCAACUGGUGGCACAUAUGCCCCAUAUGCCAGAAAAGCUUUAAGAACGCCACCACCCUCCGGAGACAUCAUGAAGUUCACGAUUUUCCCAAAGAGCCGCCGAAGAAAAAGGAAAUCUCACACUAUUGCAGUGUUUGUGGGAAAGGCUUUCCCGCAGCUCGGUACCUGAUCAUGCACAUGCGAGUGCAUACGGGGGAAAGACCAUUCCAAUGUAUGCAUUGCACCAAGAACUACAAGCAGAGGGGACAGCUCUCCGUGCACAUGAAAACCCACACCGGAGAGAAAAGACACACUUGCUUACAGUGUAGCAUGACGUUCACAUACAAAUCCUCACUCCAGCGGCAUGUUAGUAACAUACACAGUGAGGGGCGGCCGUUUGAAUGCCCGGAGUGCGAUAGAACCUUUGCUUCUAUGUAUAGAAUGCGCGAGCACAGGAAAACCCACACCACUGAGUCUCAGAGACCUUUCAAGUGCCCCGAAUGCCCAAUGGCCUUCGUUUCGGAACAUGGCCGGAAGGUCCAUAAACUGAUUCACCUGAAAGAACCUGUUGAUCCUGCAGCUAAGCGAGUCAAGUGCCCCCUGUGCCCCAAGACCUUUGCAAGAAAACAAGGACUUAAAGCCCACUUGUCUAAAAAAGGGAUAAAGGAACAUGAGGAGCCCAGCUUUGCCAAAAUAAAAUUGGAAGAAGAAGACGCAACCGAAUCCUGACAGCUGUGUUAAUACAUAAUUUAUUCGUAAUUUUAAAAUAAUAUUUACUAAUGUAUAGCCUACUUGUACAGCAAGCUUUGUAAAAUCAUAACAUGGUCAGAUGAAUCUGCUGAAAAAAUUCAGAAUUAUUUUGGUAAAAAUGUUAAAAUUAAA